AUGUCAGAUUCUGAUCGCUCAAAGACUGCGUUCUCAACGCAUAUAGGAUUGUUUCAGUUUAAAGUAAUGCCAUUUGGCUUGACCAAUGCUUGUGCUACAUUUGAACGCCUUAUGAGUUGUGUACUGGGUGAGCUCAGGUGGAAAAAGUGUUUGUGCUAUCUUGACGAUGUGAUAGUGUUUGGUGCAGGGUUUGAAGAGGCACUACACAGUCUUAGGCUAGUGUUCAUGAAGUUUAGGGUUGCAAAUCUCAAGUUAAAACCCAAGAAAUGUGUGUUGUUUCGUAGAGAGGUGACAUUUCUAGGACACGUGGUGUCAGAAGAGGGGGUUAAGUGUGACCCAGAGAAAACUAAGGUAGUACAAGAGUGGCCAAGGCCUGCCAACAGGUCUGAGAUUAGAAGCUUUCUAGGAUUAGUAGGCUACUACAGGCGAUUUGUCUGUGAUUCCUCACAAUUAGCGGCUCCCUUAACCAGGUUGACUAAGAAAAAUGUGCCAUUUCAUUGGGAUGAUAGUUGUGAAGAGUCCUAUCAGCAGCUUAGGUCAGCUCUACUGACUACUCCCAUAUUGUCCUUUCCCCAGACCGGUGGCCAGUUUAUUCUGGAUACAGAUGCUAGUUCCUUUGGAAUAGGUGCAGUUCUAUCUCAGGUACAGGACGGGGAGGAGAGGGUGUUGUCUUAUGCGAGCAGAACCCUUAACACUGCCCAGCAGAACUAUUGUACUACUAAAAGGGAGUUGUUAGCUGUGGUUAUCUUCCUUAGACAGUUCAGGCACUAUUUGUUUGGCAUGAAAUUUCUCCUACGUACUGAUCAUGCCCCACUCAUAUGGAUUAAAAAUUCCAAAGAUCCCGAGGGUAUGUUGGCUAGGUGGCUGAGUGUAAUUGAAACUUAUGACUGUGAAAUAAGGCAUAGGGCAGGAAAUAAACAUGGUAAUGCCGAUGCUCUAUCUAGGGUUCCCAGUAGGAAGUGUGGAAAUCAGAAUUGUAAUGAUUGUGGUCAGGCAGGUUCCCUCCAGGACAGUGGCUGUCACCAGCCCUCAGUUUCCAUUAACCCUGUAACAGAAAAUGUAGGUACUGAUCAGAGGGCUAAUUGGCUUCAGGUAUGGACUAGGGAUGAACUUUUGGAGUUCCAGUUGGAAGAUCGGGGUUUAAAAUCUAUGCUAGAGAGCCUUAAGGACUCAUCUGUCAAACCUACUAGGGAGUCAAUAUCCGAUUGGCCGGGGGAAGCCAAACAGUUGUGGUCCCAAUGGGAUAGCCUAGUUAUAGAGAACAGUUUGCUCUACAGAAGGUUUGAGACUAGUACAGGGGAGAUAAGCCUACAGUUGGUAGCCCCAUGGUCCAUUAGGAAAUCCAUUUUUGAACAGUUACAUGCUAGUCAAACAGCCGGACAUUUUGGCAGGGAUAGAACAAUAGAGACUUGGACAGAGGCAUUCGCCGUACCCAAUCAUACAGCUUUGACUGUAGCAGAUAAACUGGUGACAGAGGUAUUUAGUCGCUUUGGUUGCCCAGUCCAACUUCAUACUGAUCAGGGUAGAGAAUUCGAGUCCGAGUUGUUUAAGGAGGUAUGUGCCCUUUUAGGUGUCCAGAAAUCUAGGACUACUCCCUAUCGUCCCCAGUCUGAUGGACUGGUUAAACGGUUUAACCGUACCCUUAAACAGAUGCUCUCCAUCUAUAUUGAUCAGGACAAACUUAACUGGGACGACCAGUUGCCCUAUUUACUUAUGGCAUAUCGGGCGUCUGAGCACAAGAGUACACACUGUACACCAAAUCUCAUGAUGCUAGGACGGGAGGUGUUUGUCCCCAUAGAUUUGAUGGCAGGUACCCCUUCUCAUACCCCGGAACAGUGUCCUGUAGAGUAUGUAGAGUGGCUUAGACACAGCAUGCAAACUAACUUUGAAUUUGCCAAUUCCAAUCUUGGUAAAGCUGCUCGCCUUCAGAAACGUAACUAUGAUUCCAAACUGAAAGCAAGAAAUUAUGACAUAGGAUCAUGGGUCUGGAGGUGGUACCCACCCAAGGUAAACCAGAAGCUAGGGUUGGGGUGGACGGGUCCCUAUCUAGUUGUUAAACAAAUAUCUGGGGUGACAUAUAGGAUCCAGAGGAAUAGGGAGUCCGUGGGUAUAAAUGUACACGUUGACCACCUGAAGCUAUAUGAAGGCGAGAACCCGCCUGUUAACUGGUUGUUGGGAGACACUCUCGAAACCUCCAUUGAGGAGGGCUCGAACCCCUGUGUAGAUGAAUGUUCCUCUGAGGAGGAGGAGGAGGAGGAGGAGGCUAUCAGCUCCCCCUCACCAGGUCCGCCCACACGUACCCGAGUGGCCAUGGACGUACUAGAUGUUGCCGUGGGGGAGGUAGAACUCCUCGAGUUCACUGAGGAGCUUCGUCCCAUAUUCCCCACCGGGGGAAUGACUUGUGUGGUUUUGGGAUGUGGUGACCUGGUUUACAGGACUCUGGCCAGAUACCUGGACCACUGGUCUGCCGUUCACAAGCCAACCAGGAUCCUUGUGACUUGCCAGGCCUGUGGACGGAACUUCGCCCGCCGACGCAGAUCCGACGCCAAGAGGCAUGCCCGGAGACAUGAGCCCGUGGGACACCUCAGGGAGGUUCAUGUUACGAACUCACGGUUCGUGGACCCCGGGGACAUCCUUCCUCCCAGACUGGGAUCGCCGACGGAGAGGGCGGAUCAGUUCAUCAGGGAAGUGGUCUUUGGGAGCUCAGCCUGA